CGGUCCUUUCGAGCCGCAUCCUGAUUUUUUCCCAUUCGUUACAGACCGCAGGUGAAUUAUAACGCUCGAAAUCAUGUUGUUUCUCUGAUUCUUAACGCGUUAUAACAAGUUUUUUUAAAUAUGUCUGAUCGGGAAUUAAUGGAGGAAGACCACGAAAUAAACAUUUUGGACACGGAUUCGCGGUUAUCACGGAGUGAUAGUGAUGCCAGGAGUCGCUGUAGCAGUCCGGACAAUGAGACCUCCUCACAUACCUCCACCAAAAGCGCUCUACCGUUCAGUAUUUCGAAUUUGUUGGGGAAGGACUUUGAUCACAAGCCUGAAACUGACACGGCAACAUUGUACCAAACUCCAGCGGGGUUCUUUCAGCAGAGGGGUGCGUUCAGUGGACUGGUACCGUCCGGGUUUUACCCUCAGGGGGUGUUGCGAGUGCCCGCUCACAGGCCGCUGGGGGGUCCGGGAAGUCCCCCAGCUACCACGGCGGUUUUUAAUCCGUGGACUCUGAGUUUGGAUCCCGUUUUGCAGAGGUCGGCGGCAGCGGCGGCUUUUGCGUCGCAAGUUGUCAAGGACAGAUUGGCAGCCACAUUCCCCAUGACGAGGCGAAUAGGCCACCCCUACCAAAACAGAACGCCCCCUAAACGGAAGAAACCCCGAACGUCGUUCACCAGGUUACAAAUCGCCGAACUAGAGAAACGGUUUCACAAACAAAAGUAUUUGGCGUCGGCGGAAAGAGCAGCCCUAGCGAAAACGCUGAAAAUGACUGAUGCUCAGGUGAAGACGUGGUUUCAAAACAGAAGAACAAAAUGGAGAAGACAAACAGCCGAGGAACGCGAAGCCGAAAGACAAGCAGCGAACAGACUGAUGCUCUCCUUGCAAGCGGAGGCUUUGAGCAAAGGCUACAUGAGCGAGGGCCCCCCUGCUCAGGGCGCCCCCACGGACACAGCCCUUAGCGCCCUACAAAAUCUGCAGCCGUGGGCGGGACCGUACAACGCACCGCAGCCGGCCUUGGCAGAAUCGAUGUGUUGAGUCAAACAACGUCAAAGUGAACAAUGUGAUUGCAUGUUGGUGAUUACAUAUAAUAUAAUAUGUCGAUAUAUUAAAUGAUCGAUACUUAUCAUUUCAAAUGUUAAGUUUAAAAAUAUCUGCUCUUUCCAAUAUGACUCAUAUUUGUCAGAAUAUACUGUCGCGUUGGGAAUAUUGCCUAGGGUCGCAUAGGUUCCAGGUGAUCUUUUUUAGAUUAAAACCAUAAUAAAAGAAGGUCUAUUUAUUGAACAAAUAAUACAAAAUAUACGAAUUUGGGAAAUUGAAAGACAAAGUGUAUGCUGAAUUACUUACAGUUUUGCCGACAUCUCUUGAUGUUUAACUUUGACUUUGCGCGAUCAACUACAAACUCCUUAACUCCAUUAACCAUCCGCAAAGUCUUCAAAAUAGUCUUUUUUAUUCGUCUUCUCGUGGUAGUCAUCGGUAGGUGCAUUAUCAAACUGUUUACAGUAUAUUUCCACCGCCGAUACCUGCGACGAACUUCGCCUUGAAUUUGUCACGUUGCGUUACGAAUUUUACUUGUUUAAUUAAUGUUUGUUAUAAGAAACAUUAAGUCACAUAAAAAGUCUAAGUGGACGUUACGCAAAUGACUCUUGAGCUUACAUCGAAUUGGCUUACUGAAACAUAAUUUUUUCAAAUAUUAAUUUGAUAUACACCCAAGUGGACCUAGAUUUAAAGUACUGACAAUACGUAAAUCAUAUACAAUCAAGUUAUGAAGAUUUUGUAUUUCAAGUUCAACAAUGGAUAUGUCAUAAUGUAUGUCAACAUGGAAUUAUUUUGUCAUUAAUAGUCUAAACAAUU